AAAGCUUGGGCCCCAAGCGUGGUCUUUACAUUCCCAAUUUCCUGCCAGGAGCAAUUGCAAUUUGAGCGCGGACCUGUCCUUGGGCUGCUGUCGUCCUGCUGGCCCACACAGUCACACGUCGUUUCGCCUUCGCCACUCGCCACUCCUUGCUCGCGCCGUCGCCUUAGGCCUGCGCCCUCGCAGCCAAUUGCAACUUUAACGUCAACAUGCCGCAAAAGCGACUGCGAGGCGUGAGCCUCGCGCUCGCAGCCGUGGCGCUUGCGGUGCUUCUCGCGGGCCUUCUGCCGAGCUGUCCCGUUCGCACCGUGGACGCCCAGCUGCUCAGCGGCCUCACCGGCAUUCUCGGCACCCUCCUCAACGGCGUGUCUUCCACUCUUGCAGCGACGCUGGGCCUGGUCGGUGGAACCGUCACCACGGUCACAGGUGUGGUGGUGGACGUGACCGCGUAUCUGUCGCAGCCCGUGCAGUGCAGUGGCUCGGUGUGUGUUAAGCUGGAUGACUAUGACCAGUCCCACAGCGACCUGGCUGACGUGAACGCAAAGGUGCUGCUGUGGAGCCCCAAGGUAGCCCACGUGACGGCCGGCAAGACUUAUGAUCCCCGCGGCAAGGACUGGGUCUCGGUUGUGGCUACGUGCCGCGAGCUGUUCCAGUACGAAAAGCGCCUGGCAACCUUCUUCAUCCGCGCCUCCUUCCACGACUCCAUGGCUGUGGACGUGAGCCAGUGCCCUGGCCCCAACUGCGGCGGUGCCGACGCGUCCCUGCUGCUGAGCAUCGAGGAGAUGGCUCGCCCAGAGAAUGCGUAUGAUGACUUCUCAUUGAUCGCUGCUCGUGCGGCCAAGAAGAUUGCGUCUUUCUUUGACAUCUCCGUUGCCGACACGCUGGCGGUGUGCGCCGCGGUGGGCCCCGAGGUCCUGAGUAAGGGCCGCAUCAAGAUUCUCACUGGCACCGGUGCUGGCGUACUCCGCGUGGGCCGCCUGGACAAUAUCCGACCCUCGCCGCCGGGCAACCUGCCCCCCAACCACGCCGACCUGACAAGUUUCGCGAAGUUUUGGAAGGAGCGUGGUUUCUCUGAGGCGGAGGCGACUGCUCUGAUGGGCUCUCACGCCCUCAUCGACACGCAGGCCUGCUUCAACGGCAGGAGAAUCAACGACUACUGCGACCCGGCCACCUCGGACUGCUCCAACGUGCGCAUGUUCCGCUGGGAGAACCACUACUACAAGGACAUCUGCUCGCCAACGCUGUCCAUCACGCCCCUGACUCCUGAGGACAUGGCACUUGAUCCCGUGGAGACCCCAAUCCUGGGCAUGUCUGAUCCCGAGUUGGACGCAGAGGCCCGCCAGGAGACCUGCAAGUUCACCAGCAAGGAGGCCCAGGCUGUGGCACUGAACAACCUGGCCCAGGUGCGCCGCGGCGCUCGCGCUGAGGCCGUGGUGCCCCCUGAGACGGUUGCCGUCACCUGGACCAACAAGAACUGCCGCGCCGGCGCCGCCUAUGGCAUCAACGUCACCCAACACUGCCCGCACGCCUACCUUUGGUUCUACACCACCAAUGACGCCUACCUCGGCCAGGCAUGCCAGGGCGUUGGCAGUGCCCCCGAGGCUGUUGCUGUGCGCAAUGCCGCGCGCUCGUAUGUCAACAACCAGGCCACCUGGGACGCCACCUACCGCAGCGCCUACCUCAAGAUGGUCAGCACGUUCGCCACCUGGUCCCAGAUCGCCACCACGAACCCCGUUUACAUCAACGGUGGCGAGUGCGCUAGCGGAACCCACCUCGAGGCGGCGUGUGCGCAGGCGUCCCCAGGACUUGCCACGGCGGAUACCAAGUCGCUCUACUCGGGCAGUUACAUCCUCCUGGGCAGCCUGUUGGGUGGCGCCUGCCGCGACUGCGCGAAGGGCGUGUGCCCACAGCCAAGUCAAUGUGGGCAGUGCGUCAACACUUUCAACAACCGCCUGCUCGUGCCCAGGAAUCCCCUGGUGACCGAGGCCAACUGCUGCUCCUGCGCCAGCCUGCUUCGCUCCACGCGAUACAACGCCACCAGGGACGCCAGCGGCAACACCUACGUCACCUCCACAACCUUCGUGGUGCGCUGGCCCGACGUCAUGCCGAUCUCACAGCCGGCACAGCCCAUCCCCGCUGACCAGGGAGGCGCGGUGCCGCCGCGGCCGUUGGACACCACGCCCUUCAAUGACGGCGUGGCACCACCGGCAUCCACUUCGCUGGCGACUGUUGGCGACGCGUCAAGUGUUUGCCCCAGUGCUCAUGGCACCAUUAUCAAGGUCCGGGGCUUCCCUAGCAGCCCCUUCAAGUGGACACCCUUCACCCAGACCUACGCCAACCCGCCCCGCGCGCAGAUUGCCGCCAGCUACGUCAAGCCCGGCACCAACAUGACCGUGGACGCUUAUGAGAUUGACAUUUUUGCCACGGCCAAGAACAUUGGUUGCCCCGCCGGCAAGCCGACCUGGUCUCUGACAUACAACGGCUCCGUGCCCGGUCCCUCAUUCCGUGUGCUUAAGGGCCGUCAGACGCUGGUCCGCUUCAACAACCGCCUCACGCCCGCCAAUCUGAGCGGCACGCCCUUCAGCGAGUUCCACCCCUGCGAGGGCACGCGCUCCGGCCGCCCCAUCUCCGUCCACUACCACGGCUCCGCGUCGCUCGCGCCCUAUGAUGGCUGGGCCGAGGACACCACAUGCGGCGCUGAGAGCAAGGACUACUACUACCCCAACUGGCGCGCGGGCUUCGGCUGGUACCACGACCACCAACUUGACAUCACCUCUGAGAAUGCCUACUUUGGUCUGAGCGGCCUGUACACGACCGUUGACAAGGCCGCCGAGGGCGGCUGUGGUGAGCCAUGGAACCUGGACGGGAUCCCCGAGUGGGACAUGCAGUUUAAGGACGCUGUCCUGGACAGCAACUGCCAGCUCUACUAUGACCGCGCGGGCCCCCACCGCAACAACCUGUACGGCGACAUCAACUUCGUCAACGGCAUCCCCUGGCCCGUGGCCACCAUGGAGCCCCGCUGGCAGCGCUUCCGCUGGCUGGUCUCUUCCGUCGCCCGCCCCUACAAGCUGCGGUUUGUGAACGCCGACGGCACCGAUUUCAGCGGCGGCAAGUGCCAGGUGAUUGGCGGCGAGGCCGGUACUCGCCGCUCGCCUGUGUCGUAUCCCGCCGCUGGCCUUUUUAUGGGCGUGGCGGAGCGCUACGAGGUGGUGUGCGACUUCAGCGGUCUCAGCGGCAAGACUCUGUUCCUGGUGAACGCCUACGACGACCGCCGCAUGAAGGACGUGCCGUACUAUUGCCACUCCCACCUGGUCAUGAAGAUCAACGUGGCUUGUAACAGCACCGGCUGCCCGGCCAGCCCGCCUGCUUUCCAGCCUCCGUCAUCCUCCAGGGUCACACCACUGGACCGUGUGCUAAACCAAACCGACAUCGACCGGGCGCUCGCGAUGGUCGCCAACAAGCAGUGCACUCGCACGUUCCGCUUCGGCCGCCGCCACGGCCACUGGGUCAUCAACGGCGAGUCGUGGCACACAGCUCGUGUGGCCGCCAGCGAUGUGGGCCACAACACUUGGGAGGUGUGGUGCCUGGAGACCGGCGGCGGCUGGUUCCACCCCAUUCACAUCCACCUGGUCGACUUCUUCGUGCUGGCCCGCAAUUGGGACGUGAACCAGGUCCACGAUUACGAGCGCUGGAUUGGCAAGGACGUUGUGCAGCUUGACCCCAGCGCGCACAUUGCGCUGCUGCUGCGCUUCGGCGCGCACCGCGGCGAGUACAUGUUCCACUGCCACAACCUGAUGCACGAGGACUUUGAGAUGAUGCGCUCCUUCCACGUCAUGCCCACGCCCGGUUCCCGUACGGCCUCCACGGCGUUGCCGAUGCAGUCCGACCCCACCAUCGUGACGACCCUGAACUACGUGUAUGAUCUGUACGACGACCCGGUCUAUCCGGCUGCUGGCCCCAAGCCCACCAGCACCCUGACGCCGCUGCGCACUCCCUCGGCAUCUACCACUGCGGCGCUGUCCAUGCCCAUCGACCGGGCCAUCCACAGGAUCUACUACCCCUACGGCUCGACCAACAUCACCUCGGCUGGCGCCGCCAAGCUUGCGAACCCCGUCACCAACCCGUGGUUGGUGCCCAUCUGCAAGCCGCAAAAAGCAUACCCAUGAGCUUUAAGAGUGCGUUUUCAAGAUGCAUAGCGUGACUUUCCGUGAUUAAUAUGUGAAAUUUUCAGGCUUUGUACUGCGCGUCGUCUUUAUGUCUUUAGGGCUGCACAUGACGGCCGUGAGCGACCGCGGUGCUGAAGUCUAGCAUACGCCCCUGUUACCGUUUGCCCCGUGCAACGUUCUGGCACUGUAUUGCGCAAGUUGGGUCAGGCUGGUGCUUCUGUGCCGUCAACAUUGAUGUCAGCACGGCGCCAAACUGAUGUGUGUGUAGGCGUAAUCGUUUUGUGAUGAUGCGCUGCCCAAUUUGCACGCAACAUGCUCGUGAACUUUAUUCUAGGGAUGAAUCAUACGCACAUAACCGCUCAGGCGCACAUGCACUGGGGGACAUAUUAUAGGUGCAUCGCACCCCUGCAUCGCACCGGCAUGCCAAGUGGGAGGGAGUUUCGUUUUGGGUCGUGAGCCAUUUAAGAGCGCGUGAGCUGAGAGUAUGCACCGUAUGAGAGUCGGAAAAAAACAUGCAUCAGUGGCAAGGCAUUGGGGCACGUGCGCAUAAUGCAGCACGCGACGCUGGAGCCUGGAGACUUCCGGUAGCAGUGGACAUGCGGUUGAGAGACCUUUCUCGAGAGUGAUACGUACCGGACGAAGUGGUUGCAGCCAAGUGCCAAGCAAGGACAUGGCGUUGGUUUGAGGGUCACGCGCUGGAUCGAAGCAGCAAGGGAGCUAGCACCUAGCCGUCGGGGGAGGUCUUGUUGCUCUGCGGACAUCGCAGCCAGGGAGCGUGCAUGUGAUCGGAACCGCGUUGGCGUGAAACGGUUGUGGGGUGCAGUAUCGUGUGUGUCCGAGAAGGACAGGUCCCGUACACAGGAGUGACAAGUUCGGGUUCUGCACAUUUGCAGAAUUUGUUAGACCUCAUGCAUCGUAUGGGACUAAGGAUAGUGAAGUCUGGAUGGAAGUCUGGAUGGUCCGCUGGUUUGGCGCCGUUGCGUCGCUGUACCAAUGUCGGCCGGAGCUGGGGAAUCUGUGCCACGAUCACAUGUGAGCCAUCCUUGGCCAGUGUGCUGGCCGCGGCUUUAACAUACAAACGCUGU